GAUACGCGUAGAGAAAAGGAGAAGCAGCGCCUAUCUUUUCUCACUCUCCUUCCCGUCAUCCCCUGCGAGCGGCGCGGCCUGGCCGGGUUGCCAUGGAGCGCACAGCGGUGCUGCGCGUCAAGAGGAAGCGCGGCCUGGCUGUGCCGGCCGAAGCGUUGGUGUUGGCCUGUAAGCGGCUCCGGACGGAGGAAGGCGCUGCCACACCGGGCGGGGAUGAAGUGGAGAAGAAUCUUUUCAAGCUGGUGGCCACCGUAGCCUCGGAGGAUGAGCCUGUUGAGAAGUAUGUAAAAGAAGCCAUUACCAAAAACAAAUCAGCUCAACUCUUGCGACCUUCGCUAGGAAGUGCCCAGAGAGUUAUUCAGGACCUUCGUUCUUCCAAGUAUGCCAGCAGACAGGAAAGCCGCUACCGUCUAAUCGCCAGCCACCGACCAAAUUUCUCUGAUGGAGAAAGUGAAGUACUUCCUGCGAAUGGGGAGGAGUUGAAUAAAAGCAACCAUUUGGUCUCUGGAGCAAAAAAGGACACUACACAUGAAGAAACCCAUAGUAUUGCAGACUCCUGUGGAAAAUUUCAGUUGUUUGAUAUUGAACAAGAAGAGGAUGUAGAAAAGGAUACUGGUAUGUCAGCUGCACACUUACAGAAACCGGGUUCAGAUGCCAUUCUCUGUAAUGCUGUUGAAAUGAUUCGUGAGAGUUUAACCAUAACGGACAGUAAAGAAGCAGAGCAUAAUUUAAAGGAGGAAUAUGUUUAUGACAUCUACUGCAUGGAAACAGCAUCUCCAUGCUGGAUUGAGAACAUACUGUCUGUUCAGCCCUACACCCAGGAUUGUGAACUGGUGGAUGAAAAUCACAUUGCCGAAGAAAUAUAUGAUGAUGAGGAUGAUGAGAACAAUGAGAACAAUUGGCGAAAUGACUACCCAGAUGAAGAUGAGUUCCUCCCUGGGGAAGAUGAAGAAUCAGAGCAUGGAAGCAUCAGUGAUGAAGAUAAUGGAUAUAUCAGGAGAACAUGGGAAAAAUAUCAGUCUGAUGUCUUGUUGGAAUUCGAGUAUGAUGGGUUGCAGGAGCUGGAUUCCGAGUAGAACACUGGAAACUUAGUGUUCAGAAGAGAUUACUUUAAUUAUGUGUGAAUUUGGAAGUUCAUGACAUAUGUCGUGCCACUUAUGUACAGUGGAUGCUGCAGUGCUUAUGGAAGCCUGAGUGUCACUGGUUGUUCAAGGGUAAACAAGAGACUUUAAAUUAUGUAUCUAAAAUUGAGUAAUCUAAUCCUUAUUCUUGCAGCUGUUGUCUCCAUAAUAUGGUGCACUAUGUGGGUAGGGCAUCUCUGAACUUGAUGGAUAUCAGUUUUUACUAUGUUGGAAUCUUUGAAGGCUACUUCUGAAGUUAAACAAGAAGAAAUUCCUUUCUAUAAGAAAUGUUUUAGUUUUUCAGGUAAAACUAAAACUGGAAAUGCGGAAAAAAUAGAAUUAGGAGAUGGCAGAUAUGUAUUCUGAACAACUCUUUCAAGGUCUCAAUCUCUUGCCAUAAAUGGAGCUUCUGCCAACAGGAGACCGUUACUCACUCUGUGAAUUGUUGAUCUUUGCACUUUAGUAUGAUUGGAUUACCGAGUUCCUAUGGAGUUCCUAUUGACUUUAAUAUACAAAUAAAAGGCAGCUUUUGUUGAA